AUGCGGGUUGCGUUGACGCUUGGGCGACUCGCGUCGGUUAAACCAUUGACCCACGUCCAUCGUGCGCUCAAUCUUCGACCCCCUGUUCUUGAUCGAGGUUCAUGUCUCAGUGCUCGUACGAUACCUUCCUUGGGCACGUCUGCCAUCACCCCACUCGGCUGCAGAAGUGUCUCUCACGAGCAAAAGGCAAAAGAUCUCAAUCAGCAGGGAGUCGAUGAUGCCCUCGCAGAAUUCGACAAUGCUCUGGCCAACGAUGAAGAAAAGCAGCAGCGUACACCAUGGCACCGUCAAGGAGCGGAAGAACCUCCUGUACGGAGACAACGCUCUGCUGGCGCCAUGACCAAAGGGAAGCUGCUCACCACCCCUUCACGACUGCUCAAGCUUGUUCUACCCUUGACGACAUCCGACCACAAUGACGACAGGAAAAACAUCGCUCCCCUUGCACUUCUUGUCCACCCACAACAACCGCUGUCUUACCUUGAACGGUUGAUUCAAGCGGAAUUGCCCAGAGUCAAAACCGAGAAGGGUGACGAUCGAUUGCCGUCAAUAUCCUUCCGCGCCAUGGAAGCUGAAGGUGAUGAGAUCAUGCCGAAGAACAAGACCCCAGAGGAGCAAGAAGAGGAUCAGCGCAAGGGUCCACUUGGGGAAGGUGGUGUUCAGAGCUACAGCGGAGCAGGCAGAGAAGGGAAGGGCGAGGACUCGGGUGACUUUGUAAGAUGGAGUGCUUCGACGGAGAUUGGUGAUUUUAUCAGGGAUGCCGCCAGAGCAAAAGAAUUUGAAGUCGAAAUCGAAGGCAACCCAAGAACAAUCAAAGUCGCAGUGCCGUCUUUCAACGACAGAACCUUCUACCUGCGACAGAGGCUUCGCAGGAUCUCAAAGAAGAUUGCCGACUUGGCUGCUGUCAAGCAUGAAUGUGAUGUGGCCGCCCACAAAAGCGGACAAAGGAUCGCCCUCGGCGGAUGUGGGAUUUUGAUAGGAUAUUGGUAUGUGGUGUACCGCUUGACGUUCGAAACCGACCUCGGAUGGGAUGUCAUGGAACCUGUGACGUAUCUUGUCGGAAUGGGAAGCAUUAUUGGCGGUUAUAUGUGGUUCCUGUACCACAAUCGCGAGGUGUCAUACCGUUCGGCGAUGAACCUCACCAUCAGCCGCCGGCAGAGCCGUUUGUAUGAGCUCAAAGGCUUCGACCCCCAGAAGUGGGAGGCACUGAUCGAGGAGGCCAACGCCCUCAGGCGAGAGAUCAAGGCGGUCGCUUCUGAAUAUGACGUGGAAUGGGACGAAACAAAGGACGAGCACGACGAAGCCGUGGUUAAAGCCCUGCGAGAAGAGCGCAAAAACGGGAACAAGGGCAAGUCGAAGAAGAACCAGGAUGAUGAAGACGAAGACGAUUAA